UGUGCCCUGUUGAUCAUUGGUAUUGUUCUGGUGGCUGGCAUUGUCAACUGGUACGUGUUCAUACCCACUAUACCUCUGUCAAUACUGUUUGUGUUGGUCCGGAAGUAUUACCUCCAGACAUCCCGGAGCAUCAAGCGCUUGGAAGGCACCA